CAACCCCUUACGUCAUAAUUGUAGAGAGAAGAAACAAGAAAAAAAGGAAACCUACGAAAAGUUCAUAUCAUCUCAGCUAUUGCCAAUAUCUUUCUCGCCGCGCGCUCACCCUCAGAGCCAACCUCAGCGUCUCGUUGAUCUAAUGCCUGGCGCUUCUACUUCCGGUGGCCGCACAAACAUCCGAGUGGUGGUCGUCGGCGACCGCGCAACCGGUAAGUCCAGCCUUAUCGCGGCGGCCGCUUCCGAAUCUUUCCCGGAAGAUGUUCCGCCAGUCCUUCCUCCCACUCGCCUACCGGCAGAUCUCUAUCCCGAGAACGUUCCCGUUACAAUCAUUGAUACAUCAUCCAGUUUGGAGAGCAGGGGUAGGCUCGCAGAAGAAUUGAAGCGAGCGGAUUCAGUUGUACUAACCUAUGCGUGUGAUCAACCUUCCACCCUGAAUCGCUUAAGCACUUUCUGGCUUCACGAGUUUCGUCGCCUGGAGAUCAAAGCACCUGUCAUUAUUGUUGGGUGCAAGCUAGAUAAGCGAGAUGAGGAGCAUCAUAUGAAUCUAGAGCAGGUCAUGGCUCCUAUCAUGAAGCAGUUUCGGGAAAUUGAGACUUGUAUAGAAUGUUCUGCAGCCAAUUUGGUUCAGGUACCUGAAGUAUUCUAUUAUGCACAAAAGGCAGUACUUCAUCCAACAGCUCCUCUAUUUGAUCAUGAAGCCCAGACACUUAAACCUCGUUGUGUUAGGGCCUUAAAAAGGAUAUUUAGCCUUUGUGAUCAUGAUGAGGAUGGUGCUCUCAAUGAUGAAGAGCUGAAUGAGUUUCAGGUCAAAUGUUUCAAUGCAGCUCUCCAGCCAGCCGAAAUAGUAGGAGUUAAACGGGUAGUACAGGAGAAGCUACCGGCAGGUGUCAACGAUCUUGGACUUACUUUAACAGGGUUUCUCUUUCUUCAUGCUCUCUUUAUAGAAAAAGGCCGGCUUGAGACAACUUGGACAGUCUUAAGGAAAUUUGGGUAUAAUGAUGAAAUUAAACUGAGGGGUGAUUACUUGACUAUUCCAUUUAAAAAAGCCCCAGAUCAGAGCAUUGAAUUGACUAGUGAAGCUGUUGAGUUCUUGAAGGGAAUAUUUAGUACAUUUGAUGAUGAUAAAGAUGAUGUGCUUAGAAAUUCUGAGAUUGAUGAUUUGUUUUCUACAGCACCAGAAAGUCCUUGGGAAGAAGCUCCCUACAACGAGGCAGUUGAAAGAACUAUAUUGGGGGGUUUAUCGCUUUCUGCAUUCUUGUCUGAGUGGGCGCUUAUGACAUCACUGGACCCAUCACAAAGUUUGGCCAACCUAACAUAUAUUGGGUAUAACUGUGAUGCAGCAUCUGCACUACGUGUUACUAGGCGAAGAUCAGUUGACUGUAAGAAGCAACAAUCAGAUAGAAAUGUUUACCAGUGCUUUGUUUUCGGACCUAAGCAAGCUGGAAAGUCUUCUUUAUUGAAAUCAUUUUUAGGAAGGCCCUUCUCUGAUGAGUAUGUACCUACAACUGAAGAGCGAUUUGUUGUCAAUGCUGUUGACUGUCCCGGGGGAAUUAAGAAAACCCUUAUACUUCGGGAGAUUCCAGAAGAUGGAAUUAAAAAAAUGUUAUCUACAAAGGAGUCAUUGGCAGCUUGUGACAUAGCUGUGUUUGUAUAUGAUAGCUCAGAUGAAUAUUCUCUAAAAAGAAGUUCUGAAUUGCUCAUGGAUGUAGCGAGGCACGGGGAAGUUAGCGGCUUCAGUGUGCCAUGUCUUUUCAUUGCUGCAAAAGAUGAUUUGGAUUCUUAUCCAAUGGCAAUAAAAGAUUCUGCAAAGAUAUGCCAGAAUUUUGGCAUUGAUUCACCUAUUCAUCUGAGCGUGAAGGAGAGGGAUCUGAACAGUGUUUUCAGUCGAAUUGUAAAUGCAGCCGAACAUCCUCAUUCAAGUGUUCCUGAAACUGAAGUUGGACGCAACCAGAAACGAUACCGGCAGCUUGUCAACCGCUCUCUAAUGUUUGCCUCAGUUGCGGCUGGUGUAGGUAUAGUUGGAUUGGCUGCAUAUCGCUCUUAUGCUGCAAGGAAGAACACCUAAGACACCAUUUUACCAAUUUGUUAUCUGCUGGUCAUCAACAGAACAGGUCAAUAACUUUGGUGCUAGUAGAAUUCUUACUCUGCAAUUGGUAGUCUUCUAUGCAUUUCGCUGUUGUAAAUAAUUAUAGUAUGUAUACCAAUUUUGUAUUCGACAAUGUUAUUGUUUGAGUUUUUAUUUACAUUUGAUUCUUACCCCUCCAUCUCAUUGGACCUUGCCAACUUUUCUUUUUUAUUUGUAUAAAAAACUUUGCCAACUUUUCUUUUUUAUUUGUAUAAAAAACUUUGUCACUUUCCCUUUAAUGUAAAUAAUUAGUGGUUUUGCUUA